AAUAUAGGAGAAUGACAAGAUCAACUUGAGAUAUUAUGGAGGGCUUCGUUUUUUCAAAUAAUUUUAUGAUGGAUGCUGCUUCCAACUAUAAUCAGUAAACAAACCACAGAGAAAAACAUGUUAUGAAUAAUAUAAUUCUAUAUGGUUCAAUUAAUUUUAAAGCCAAGCUAGCUUCUGUUUAGAAAGAGAGCUUAUGACUGCCUGAAUGAAUGGCAUGAAUCAACAAUAUCCCACCAAAAAAAAGGGCUCAUGCCAAUCUCACCCUCAAGAACUCUACAAGUUUCUCAUUCACAAAGCAUGAUACAACCUUUCUCAACUCUUCUUUUAAGUAGAGGGAAGUUGACGCCUGCAGAAAACUACUAUUCUGCCAUGGCUACUUGCAACCAAGAUUCGGUACAAGACGAGGAACACAUUUUCUGCAGCCAACUUCCUGAGGUCCAAGUGCCUUAUGAUAUCACACUGCCUGAGUUUGUACUCCAGAAUGCUGAAUCAUAUGCCGAGAAUGUGGCAUUUGUGGAAGCCAUGAGCGGAAAGGCAUACACUUACCGUGAAGUUUUAAGAGACACAAAUAGAUUUUCCAAGGCCUUGCGCUCUCUGAGGUUGAAGAAAGGACAUGUGGUUAUUGUUGUUCUACCUAAUGUUGCUGAAUACGCCAUUGUUGCUUUAGGGAUAAUGGCUGCUGGAGGUGUGUUUUCAGGUGUGAAUCCGGCAGCUCACAUAUCAGAAAUCAAAAAGCAAGUGGAGGUAGCAGAAGCAAAACUUGUCGUCACAAAUGCCGCAAACUUCGAAAAGGUGAGGGAAUUAAAGCUACCAGUCAUCUUAUUAGAGGAAGAACUAAUGGAAGGUGCCAUGAAUUGGCACAAACUUCUUGAAGCAGCAGAUCGUGCAGGGAACAAUUUUGUUAAAGAGGAGAUUAAGCAAACUGAUUUAUGUGCACUUCCUUUCUCAUCAGGAACCACAGGAGUUUCCAAAGGUGUUAUGUUAACUCACCGAAAUCUCGUAGCUAAUAUGUGUUCGACUCUCUCUGGUGUCCCGCAAGAAAUGGAGGGCAAGGUUACGACGCUAGGCCUCAUUCCAUUCUUCCAUAUUUAUGGGAUCACUGGAAUAUGUUGCUCUACACUUAGAAACAAAGGAAAAGUUGUGGUGAUGGGAAGAUUUGAUCUCAGGACUUUCAUUAAUGCUCUCAUAACACAUGAGAUCACAUUUGCUCCAAUUGUUCCUCCUAUUAUACUGGCUUUGGUUAAGAAUCCCAUUGUGGAAGAAUUUGAUCUUAGCAGUCUCAAACUUCAGGCUAUCAUGACUGCAGCUGCUCCGCUCGCACCCGAACUUCAAACUGCCUUCGAGAGAAAGUUCCCCGGUGUGGACGUUCAAGAGGCAUACGGACUUACUGAGCACUGUUGCAUCACUCUUAACUAUGGAAGUAUAGGGAAAGAGAAUCUCAGUGCAAAGAAAAACACAGUUGGCCGUAUUCUUCCUAAUCUAGAAGUCAAAUUCAUCGACCCAGACACUGGAAGGUCUCUGCCGAAGAACACUCCAGGUGAAAUCUGUGUAAGAAGCCAAUGUGUGAUGCAAGGCUACUACAAAAACGAAGAGGAGACUUCAAGGACGAUCGAUACCAAAGGCUGGAUGCACACUGGGGAUAUUGGAUACAUCGAUGACGAUGGCAACGUGUUUAUUGUGGAUCGUAUCAAGGAAUUGAUCAAGUACAAAGGAUUUCAAGUUGCUCCAGCUGAGUUAGAGGCAAUCCUUCUAACUCAUCCCUCCAUUGAAGAUGCAGCUGUGGUGCCGUUGCCAGAUGAAGAAGCCGGUGAGAUCCCAGCAGCAAGCGUUGUGAUGGCUCCGAACUCAAAAGAAACCGAAGAAGAUAUAAUCAAACACGUUGCCUCAAAUGUUGCACAUUACAAGAAAGUUAGACUCGUUCAUUUUGUAGACACUAUCCCAAAGUCGCCUUCUGGGAAAGUUAUGAGAAGGUUGAUCAAAGAGAAGAUGAUCGAAAAGAUUCGAGCUGAUGAAUCCGCUAGAUUUAUCUUCUAACUUUUAUAAUUGCCUGAGAGAUGUUUGAGUUAAACCGUCAUGUCUAUAUUUUACAAGAUUUACAAGAUGCUGUCCUAAUAUCAAGUUUGAUCAUUAAUAACAGGGAACUAAUACCAACAGGCUUUGAUAAACAAAAGGUUACUUGAUCCGUUGCUUUUAGAGUUACUUAAAUUUGUUGAAUUUUCUCAGUUUAAUGCCUAAGCAAGGUGUUGAGUCUAAGGAUUUAA